AUGUCAGAAAUUAACAAUGCAAACAUCAGUUUAGAGCAAGAAGCAACUAACUCAUUUAUUGCAUCAUCAUCUCUUGAACUUAUACGCAGUUCAACCUCUAGUAGAGAUUCCAACUUGAAUAGACAAAAAAGAUCAUUUGAAACUCAUUCAUCAGUGACAAUUGAUGGUAAAAAGUACAUGAAUAAAGAUGAUUUCAUAGCAGCCAUAGCACCAGGCGAAGAUUACAAAAAAAUUAAAAAAGAACAAUUUGGUAUAUUAUUUAAAGUUGCUGACACUAGUAAUAAAGGUUUAAUUUCUUUACAAGAUUUUAUUAUAUUUGAAAAUCUGUUAUCAAAACCUAAUGCAGAAUAUGAAAUUGCUUUUAGAUUAUUUGAUGUUGAAGGUAAAGGCAAAAUUACCAUCAAUCAAUUUAAAAAGAUAUUAACAUCAAAUUUAGAACCUGAUAGUGUACCUUUUGACUUUGAUUGUGAUUGGUUGAAAUUGUAUGUUGGGAAAAAACCUGGUCUAAAACAUGAUUUAACUUAUGAGGAAUUUACUCAGUUGUUGAAAGGAUUACAAGGUGAAAGGUUGCGUCAAGAAUUCAAAUAUUAUGAUAAAGAGGGUAUUGGUUAUAUUAAGCCUGGCGAAUUCAAAAAAAUGAUUCUUUCAAUAUCAAAGCAUAAAUUAUCCGAUUACGUUUUAGAACAUUUACCUACUUUAUGUAACGUAUCAACAACCAAAAAAAUAAGUUAUGCAGCAGUAGUUGCUUUUCAUAAUGUGUUGAGGCAAAUGGACAUG